AUGGAUUUGCUCACGUCGCCGUCCUUCCACCAUAUCUCGCCACUUACUCGUUCGAGAAGCGAUGUGCGUUCAGCGGCAAUGAGAAGGUAAACCGAUUGUGUGUGAUAAGCGAUCAAAAACCAAAAGUGGCGACCGAGUUGCCACUUACACCUUUCUUUUUCAAGUCUAGUAUAGUCUUAACACCAUUUUUACCUUGCCGAAGUUUGACGAGAAGUAAUAAAUUCGGAGGGUUUCAUGGGCUACACUACUAAUGACACGUCGCUUUCCUGGGCGUUGCAAGUCGAAAAUGGAGAGGGACCAAAUCUUCUUGUGUUUCAGAUCAAACUCUUUCUCCGGAGUGACCCGGUCGACUUCAAGUAGCCGAUUCUCUCGCCCGGAUUACGGAUAUGGAGGUGGCUACAUGUCGCGUUCGAUCAACAAAUGCGGUAGGCAACCUUAUAUGAAUGAAAGCGCGUUCUCCAUCGUUUUCGCCGUUUUCAUCGGAGUCAUCGGUUUUUUCUUCUGUGUCCUAUCCGUCUGACGCUUUUUUCCAACCUGUCCCACCCACUAACUUCUCCUUGUCUCUUCUCCUACUAUUUUCUGUUGUACUCGGCCAGAUAUCUUUUCAAAUGCAUGUUCUGUAGAGUUGUGUCGGGUUGUUGUCAUCGCGAGUAAAGUGAUUCAGUAUUGUUCCAUUGUACUUUUUCCUCUAUCCGCACACAAACAGCAGAAAAAGCAAAUGAAUGAGAUAGGAUAAAGAGGGGAAAAGAGAGAGAGAGAGAGAAUUGCUAUUCAUUUUUCGCAUCUCUUUUCCACUAUUUUCUGAGCCAGCUGCUCGAUUCACACCCACGCACACUUCCCGAUAUCUUUUCCAAGAAAACGACGAACAAUGUUCGAGAAGCACACGAAAUGAAUAAAAAAUAACGAAUGAGAACAUGUGUUUCAUUUUCAGGAGGCACCCUCUUCGGAAGAUCGCUGGCCGCCACUGCUCUCACCAAGACACCGCCGUUCCACAAUGUCGGAGUUCAACGUAGCACUCCACAUUACACCGACAAGUACGUUUUGAAUCACCUUUUCUUGUUUUCUGAACAAACCUUGUUUGAGGUACCCAUACGUCAGGUACAGCUACGGAAACACUGACACUUCUCUUGGAAUUCUGACGCAAUCCGAAUCGGUUUGGCAGUUUCUGCUCAACACCAUCGUUCAAUCCUGUUAAUUAUAGAUCUACUCAAGGCACGCGGGAGUCCGUGACAUCGGAACGAAGCGUUGGUUGGAGGGAAAACUCAACGCCUACAACACGUCUCUCUUCACGCGCCCGGACUACCAGAAGCGCGUUGAGAAGCCGUUGGCGUCGACCAGAAGCUACGUGAGAUACAUGCCAGUAGACGAUGCUCUGGACAUGUACAAAAAAAGAUGCAUGACCGUCGGAACUCUCUCCAAGGUAUUAUAAUUGUUUCUCGUACUCUUAAUUCAUAUUCUCUUUCUGUUUUCAGUACUGGCUCUCUCCGGCCACCUGGGCUUCUCGUCGUGAGAAGGAGCUCAAUCUGUCUUCUUCUCUCAGCCGUGGAAACUACUCGUAUUCAAGCCGGUUCGACAGGUAAAUUCCGAGAAUCUGGUACUAACAGCUCCUGCUCAUCAUCAUCUUUUCAGACUCGGAGGACGCGUCUACUAA